AUGAGCACAUUUGCGGGUCGGAUGAAGGAAUAUCCUCACAUUUCUCUCGAUUGCUUCGACCAUGAGAACUUGGAAGCGCGAGCCUACUUCCUGUCGCACUGUCACAAGGAUCACAUGAGAGGGAUCAGAGCCCCCAAACUGCAGAGAAGGCUCAAGUCCAGCCGCCGAGUGAAAUUGUACUGCUCGCCGGUGACCAAAGAGCUUCUGCUGAGCAGUCGCAAGCAUCUCUUCUGGGAGGACUACAUCGUUCCGUUGGAGCUGGACAGCCCGACUCAGAUUUCUCUGGUGGACGAAGCGUCCGGGGAGAGCGAGGAGAUGGUGGUCACGUUGCUUCCGGCGGGCCACUGCCCCGGCUCCGUCAUGUUCCUGUUCGAAGGUCGACGCGGAAACGUCUUGUACACGGGAGACUUCAGACUGGCGCCGGGCGACGCCGCCAGGAUGGAGCAUCUGCAUUCGGGCGGCGGGGUGAAGGACAUCCAGAGUGUGUACGUGGACUCCACCUUCUUUGACCCGCGCUUCUACCAGAUUCCUUCUCGGGAGGCGUGCGUGGACGCCAUCGUGCGUCUGGCGGGCGACUGGAUCGCUCGGAGCGCCCGUCACGCGGUUUGGCUCAACUGCAAGGCGGCGUACGGCUACGAGUACUUGUUCGCCAGGCUGGCGGAACGCUUCGGCACGAGGGUGCACGUGAAUAACCUGCUGAUGUUCCGGAGAAUGCCGGAGAUCCUGAGCUACGUGACGGCCGAGCGCCGCACGCGGCUCCACGCCUGCCGACACCCCAAGGAGUCGUACACCCACGGCAACCGGCUGCCUUGCGGCCGGGGCGCGCGCGACGGCACCCGCGUGCUCAGCAUCAAACCGUCCACCAUGUGGUUUGGAGAGAGGACGCGCAAGAGCGACAUUGUCAUCAAGUCGGGUAGCGACGCCUUCCGAGCUUGUUUCAGCUUCCACUCGUCCUACUCUGAGAUCAGAGACUUCCUGUGCUACCUUCGACCCGUCCGCGUGUUCCCCAACGUGGUCCCGAUGGGGCGCACCCUGGCCGAGGUCACCGACAUGUUGCAGACGACGUGCAGGGCUCCGCCGCGGGAGAAGAUGGCUUACAAGCCGCUGGGGGCGCUCAAGCGCGGCAACGCAGAGAGGGCUACGUGCGAUUCCGUCAGCGAUGAUGACGACCUUUUCGAUGGCGCCGCCGCACCGCCGCUGAGGAAAAAGCCGACGGAGAGCGGUCGCGUCGCUAUCGAGCGCGGGCGAGCGCCCGCCGCCGCGCCCUCCGCCCGGGAGGAGAUCUCGCCGCGGCGGAUCGAGACAGAGUCAGAGUGCACGGAGGACCGGAACUACGUGGACUGCACCGAGUCGAACGACGACAGCGACGGCUACGAGGAGAGCGACGAAGACGACGAGAGGCGGCCGCCCAAGUGGGAGGACUUCUUCGGCGCCGAGCCGCCGCCCGACGGCCCCGGAAGCCGGAAAAGUGACGACCGAUCGCGACCUCGCUCCGGCCCGGCCCGCUCCGCGCAGACGCCGGAAGACCUGCGGAGUGAAGACGAGGACUUUGCGGCGUCGCAGGGCGGAACGGAACGCGGCGACGCCCCGUCCGACGCGGACGGUUCGCGAGCUUCUUCGGACUUUGACGUUCCGUGCACGCCGGAGUCCAAAAGGCCCACGCCUGAAGAACUGGCUUGCCUCUACAGAAAGUUGGCCAAUGGGGAUGACAUUUCCAGCUGUUGA